AUGCCAGAUGACUUACCAGAAUCAAUUCUCUCCUAUUUAAACUUCAUAAAGAGCAGAAAUCAAGAUGCUGAAAAGCUUAUACUGCAAGACUUAGAAGAUGAAGAAACUACAAGUAAUAUUUGUGGAGUAGUUUCUUGUCAUGCUUCGGAUUACUUGGCAGAAUUAGCCUCUGAAUGUAAUGAAGAUCCAGAACAAUUUAAACAAAGGGUACUAACUGAAAUUGAAAAUGAAGACUUGCAGAUUGCUACAACACCUGGUUAUAAUAGUCAGUCCACCAGUGACGAAGUGGCCACUGAUGACUAUUUUGUUACAGCUGAUGCUGAAAUGAGCAUAAGCCUUACUCAUCGUGAAGUAGAAAAAAAAAGUCGACAAGGAUUUGAGCAGUGGGAGAAAAGACAAGAGGAGCUUGAAGAGGAGAAGAGAAAAAAGUGGAGGACUGAGGAGGAAGCACAAGAGAAACAGAAUGAAGAGGAACAUGCAAGAAGGGUGCAGCAUCUGGAGGAAUUUGAGGCUGAAAGAAUAAAGUUAGAGCUUCUUCAUAAGAAACACCAAACUGCAAUAGAAGAUGAGUUAAGGAAAGAAAAGAAAGCUUGGAGAGACAAAAUAACGCAACAUGAGGAAUUGAUCAUGAAGCUGCAGUUGCAAAUGGAAGAGGAGAAAAAUGCCUUGGAAGACCAGAAAGCAAAAGAAAGACAACGCCUGGCAGAACAAGAGAAUUCAGCAGCUGUGAAAAUCCAAGCUAGAUGUAGAUCAUUUUUAGUCCGUAAAAAAUAUGCUCCGAUCUUGAAAGAAUGGAAAGAUGAAAUAAAAAAGAAGCAGAAAAUACUAGAAGAAAUAGAGAGAGAAAUGAAAGAAAAAGAGGAAAAAUUGAAGAGGCAAAUGGAAGAAAAUAGGCAAAAGAAAGAACAGGAAAAAAAGAGAAAACAGGAAAUUGAAAGACAGGAAUAUUUGGAACAGGUGAGGAGGUGUGAGGAAUAUGAGAGAAAGAAAGAAAGCCUGAGGCUUGAAAGAGAAAAACAACUGCAAAUACAAAGAGAAAAACAGAGAAAACUAGGAGAAAAAAGAGUAAAAGCUACGACGAAUGAAAGUGGAGAAAGAAACAAAGAAAACAUAAUAAAGGCUAAGCAGAUAGAAAAUACAAAAGUAAUAAGAGAACAGAAGAAUGAGCUAAAAGAAAAGCAGACUGAAAUGAUGGAUGGAACAAGUAAUUGGAUGAUUCCAGCAGAAAGAAAUUUGACACCAAAUAUGCUAAGCUUUGAGAAGAAAGAACACUCUUCUCAAGUAAAUGAUGAGAACAUAUACAUAAAUUCAGUAACAUAUGUAGAAGAAAAUUACUCACAAACUAGAGAUCCUAAUAAAGCUCCAAAUAGUCCUAUUUCAAAGGAUGAGUCUGUUAAUUGUGGAGCUAAUGACAUGGUAGAAAAUAAGGCUUACAAUAUAUGCAGCAUUCCACCAAAUAUCCAGCCAAAUGCUUGUAGUAGAGAAGUCAAAGAUCCAUUUUCUCAGUCAAAAACAAUGGAGGAAACUGUGUUUCUAAUGGAAGAUGCUAAUGAGGAAGUCAGAGAGCCCAGGGACAGGAUUCAAGAUGUAGCCGAGUGUUCCAGUAGAGUAACUCUUCCUGAUGACAUUGAAAAGAAGAGAAUAAACUGGAUGAACACAUGUAAAUCUUGGUCUAAAAUAUGUGAAGAAAACCAAAGAAAUCAAGCAACUAUACAAAAACGACCAAGGAGAAGUUCAGUUAGCAAGAUGCCUCCAUUAAGCACACAAAAGAUAAUUCAUAGUGGCCCUUGGAGUACUUUGCAGCAGGUCACAACACUUACACUUGAAGAUUUGCCAGCUUGUAGCCUCUCGACGUUAUCUGAGUGUUCAAGUCUUCAACUUUUGACUCUGAGGCGCUGUGGACUAGUUGCACUGGAAGGACUAAAGAGCUGCAAAGACCUAAAGUAUAUCAAUGUAGAGGAAAACAACAUUCAGAUAAUUGACUGUGAAAAUCUGGAAAAUCUCCGUAUUCUGAUUCUGAAUAAGAAUAAUCUUUCAUCAGUUUGUGGCUUAGAUGGCUGCAUAAAUCUCCAAGAUCUUGAACUUUCCUACAACAGAAUCUCUCAAAUUGAUGGCCUGGAAUCACUGAAAAAUCUUCAGCAACUGAUUGUGGACCAUAAUCAGUUAAUCAACACAAAAGGCCUUUGUGAGGCACCUACUCUCAUUCACCUAGACUGCUCUUUUAAUUAUCUCACACAAGUUGAAGGCAUUGAGAAUUGUGGCCUACUUCAGAUUCUGAAGUUGCAAGGCAAUAACCUUCAGGAGCUUCCAAGACUGGAAAAUCAUGUUCUCCUAAGAGAACUAUAUUUGGAUUGCAACAGCAUUUCUUCUGUGAGAAUGCUUUCUUUGUAUUGGUUGCCUCUAUUGCAGAUUCUUUUGCUGUCUCAAAAUGGCUUAACUGAGCUUAUGCCUUUAAAUUCGUUUGUAUCUUUGGAAAAGCUGGAUAUCAAAAAUAACUGCUUGUCAGACUUUAAAGAUGUCAUUACCUGGUUUAGUGACUGUCAUAAACUACGGAAGUUGUCACUCAGUGGAAAUCCUAUUCUCCAAGAAAGAAAUUUCAGGCCUUCUUUGUGUAAGGUCCUUCCUAGUUUACAGUUCCUUGAUGAUGAAAUCCUAAACUGUCAUAUUUUACCCACAACUGAGAGAAGCAAAGUAUCCGAAGGACAAACUUUUCUGGAACUUUGUCAAGUUCAAAUUGAAGAAAAUGUUCUACUGAAAAAAAAGGCUGCUGAACUGGAAAUGUCUUCUUCUAUUGAUUUUGCACAGCGACAAUGCUGGUAUUUUAAUCAGUUGAUGAAACUUAGUAUUAAACAUCGAUACGCACAUGAGUCCGGUGAGCUAAAUGCUACUGACAGAGAUGGACCAGAAGCACUACAAAAGCGUUUAGAGGAAACAUCCACUGACUGCGUACAGGAAAAUAACCUUUUUGUCAUGGGUGCAGCAGAAAAUAAACAGGUCUCGUUGGAUCCUUCCAAAAGUUGGAUUACUGCUGGCCAUAUUCAGGCUGCCUGCAUUAACUCCUCCAUACCUGUGCACCAAAUGGAAAACAAAGAAUAUCAGAGAGUGAAGCAGAAGAGUGCUGAAUCUUGUAUUCACUGCAGUGGGGAGACCGAAGGCAACAAUACCACGUCAACCCAACUGACACUGCAACAGUCAGUGAUAGAAGCAAAUAAUAUGGGAGGAGAUCUUCAGCAUUUUGAGAAUGACACAGAAAGACUACAUAUGGCAGCAUCGGUGAUCCAGUCCCUUUGGCGGCAGUACCAUGCCAGGAAAAAAAGCAAAACAGACAGUAGUUGGUCAAUAGAAGCUUUAAGACAGAAACAUGAAGCUGCCACACUAAUCCAGGCAUUUUGGAAGGGCUUUCUUUUGCGAAAGAAACUCAACAGUGGUAUUGCAUCUGUUGUAAGUGAUGAAGUGGAGGAUGACUAUGAAGAAAUAAAUGUGGAUGAGUUCACAUUUUCUGAAGCUGCAUUAGGGAAGGAAUGGCUAACCCUGGAUUCCACCCGUUUCCCUUCAAAAACACUCCUGCUCUCAAACCAGCUGCAUUGGCCAAAGCAUUCCAGGCCUUCAGAUUCCAGUGAAUAUUCAAAUAGUUUGCCAUUGUCACCACAAGAAGUUUGGCAGUGUGUUAACAGACCACAUUCACACUCAUCAGAAAAUAUCCACAUUCGUAGUAGGUCAGGGAGGGGAACAGUGUCACAGGUCUCUGACUGGCAGGAAAAAAAGAAUUUUUCAUUCAUGUCUGAAAAAGAACAGAAAAUUUCAGAGGAAUGGGGUUUUAAGGACAUUUCUACUGCACAACUAAUGCUUAAGAGAGCCCAUAAAAUGAAGCCUAAAAAAUACAGUAAUAAAAAUUUAGACCCAGCUGUGCGCCUGGCGUUGUUCAAAAACAAUGAAAAUAAACAUCUCCAUGUGAAACCACCAAGGAAGACACAGCCUAUAAAUGGUGGUUACUUUGAAGGUAAAAAAGAAGAAUUUUCUCAGCUGGAUACUACUUUAGAUGAGAAAUUACAAAGAAGAAAAGACUUUACAUACCAAUGGCUUCAUACUCAGCUUUUGGAUUAUGAAACAGCCAGCUCCAAAAAUAUGAAGUGCCAUCAUUUUUUGCCUGAGUUAGACCCUGCGAUACGUGACAGUAGACAAGUACAACUUGUGGCAAGCCCUGUAAGCAGAGAAGACAUGGAUUUAGACCUUGUUUCCAUGGCCAGUGGAAGUGCUUUGACUGAGAACAGAGAGAAAAAUAAGCAGCCACACAGACAUUCAGCAAGUUCUUCAAGAAAGAAUAAAUCUGCUCCAGAAAAGUCAUGUUUGGGUCCAUCUCAUAAAGAACGGAUAUCAUUUAGAGAUCAUCCAGUGCAGCUCAGCGGAGGAUGGGGAGCAGGCAAAAAAAAGGCAAAAGCUUAA